CUCUCUUGCUUAUGUAUUGCCUUCACAUGUUAAACUUUUUCAUUUGAUGUUAGCGAAGUUGCUAGAAGCUCUCUUUUAGCAACCUUUCACGUACACAAAGCUCUGCUGAGAAGCUGAAAGAGGGAGAUGGAGCUCUCAUUCCAUGUAACGAGAAGAUUUAAACUAUUCCACAUGUACAUGAACACGAUCUGCAAUCCGUGAGGUGCAUAAUUGUCGCAAACGUUGGUGUUGUCUGAAGUAGUGCUAACAGGAGGGAGAGAGAAAGAGAGAGGUUGGAUCGUUCGGGGAAGCCAAAGAAGAAAAAGGAAAAGAAGGGGAGAUUGGGAGAAAAAUCCUCAAGGAAAAAAGUUCAACAUGGUUAAAAGGAAAGAUUCAUUUUGGGAACAUGCAAAGGAAAUAGAAAAUGGUCGUUUUUUUAUCUGUAAGUUUUGUAACAAACGUUUUUCUGGGGGUGUUUCAAGAUUUAAAUCACAUUUGUCCGGGUUUAAUGGCCGUGAUAUUCAAAUUUGUCUACAAGUACCUAAAGCAAUUCAGUUAGAAGCAAAACAAGCACUGCAAGCGAUUGACACUCCCACUAAGAGAGCUAAAAAUAUGGCAGCAUCAAAUGAUGUUCUUGAGGGUGAAAUUAUUUCAGGUUCCUCGUCGUCACAUACGCCAAAUCUAUGCAAGGGACAAGAUCAGUGUAAAGUGGAUAAACAAUUGGCUAAGUUGAUCACUUUGGAGGGAAUUAGUUAUGAUGUCGUUCAAUCACCCCUCUUCAAGGACUUUAUAAAUUGUGUUGCCAAUAAUGGUCCCGGUUAUGAAUUGCCAAGCUCUUUAACUCUCGAAUCACGGUUGAUGCCAGAUCUUAAGAAAGAAGUUGAGAACUAUGUUACAAAGGUCAUAAAAUAUUCAGCUCAAACAGGUUGUACAUUGAUGUACAACACGUGGCGUAAUAGCUCAACAAUGGAUACCUUAGUGGAUAUCUUUGCAUAUACACCAAUAGGAGUGGCCUAUAUUGCUUUACUGGACAAUAAAUUGUGCUUUGAAGAAAUAGUGUCUUCCAUCAUAGAGUCUAUUGGGCCUACAAAUGUAGUACAAUUUAUCUUUAAUGAUUGUCGUUGCUACAUUGGUGAGUUCAAAUCAACUAAGGAUAUGCGUUACGAAAAGUAUCCUUGGAUUUACCAGACCCCGUGUGCUAAUCAUGGGUUUAGAUCACUCUUGAAUAACAUAUAUAAUGUUCCUUUUGUGUCUAUUAUAACUAAUGCAGCGAAGUGGAUAGUUUUAUAUAUUUACAAGCAUAAAGUUAACGUGCCCUCCUUAAGAAGAGUACAAGCUAAAAAGGAUUCAAUUGCUUCUGGGUUUUUCAUGCUCAUGUCACUUUUAGAAGUUGAAAGUGAAUUAAAAGCUUUGCAGGUAUCUAUUGUAACGUUGUCUAGUGAUUGGGGGAAGUCACUUAAUGGCAGGCAGGCGAUAGAACUUUUCAAAGGUGCACACUUUAUUGAUUAUCUUAUUCACUGCAAAGAAUUUUGGAGUCGAGCAAAAAUGAUAAGACAAGUUAUGCAGCCACUAUUUCAAGCUAUUUGUCUGGUUCAAUGUGAUGGCCCAACAUCAGGAUACUUAUAUGAGAUGAUGGAAAGGUUACAAGAUGCAAUUAAGCAAUGUCGUGACAAGCAAUGUUGUGACAGUUAUCAGGCCUUUGCUGAUGACAUUUGCAAAAUUUUGGAUGAUGGCCAAAGUAAUAUUAUUCAUGAAAUACAUGUAGUUGCUGCCUUUUUAAAUCCUAUUUACAUGUGCAGUGAGAAAUUUAAAGAGAAUGUUAAAAUGAUGGAUGGUGUAAAGAAUAUUAUGACACUUUUGGUUGCGGUGGAAGAGAGGGAAGCUUUCAUGAGCCAAGUAAAACUAUACCGCACAAAAGACUCAAGCCUGUUCACAACUCAAGCCAUGAUGAUGCUAGAAACAUACCAACCUCACAAAUGGUGGGAAUUGUGUGGCAAUCAUCUUCCUGUAUUACAAAAAUAUGCAAUUCGGAUCUUGAGUCAACCUUGUACUUGUUCAUUAUGCAAGCGAUAUGAGUUGCCGCGCAGUGACCUCAAUGAUCUUGAUUUUAAGGUGAAUACAAUGAUGAUGGAAAGGUAUAAAUCCCUCGAUAAACAACCGAUGACGGAUAAUUAUAAAUCCCAAAAAACACAAAUGAUGGAGCAAAUCAUUCUUGACAAACUUGCGGAAGUUUUUGCUGAUGAUUGCGAUAAUAAUUAUGAAACUUCAUUUGAGGAUUUGACUAAGUGUGUUGCGGAUGGCUAUAUAAAGGAUGCAACUGGUUCAUGGAUGGAUCGCUGUCCCGAGCGUCCGUUUGACAUCUCGGAAAUUCCGUUUGUCUCGGAACUUCACCUGAUCAGCGGAGGUGGAGGAGAGGAGACAAACGUCUACAGUUUUAUUUAGCCAACUAAAGUUGCCCUUAUUUCGCGCCACCCUCACUGAGUCACUCAGCAUCAACAUCACUGGCGAUCUCUCCGCAGUCAAACUAGACGGUGGCGCAGAGACGGAGUCCUUGGAGGAAGUCCCUUCGGAUUUGAAGAGGAACGCCACUUUCUACGUGUAAAGGCUAGGGAACAGAUUGAGCUGGGGUGCUGCUUCUGGUGCUCAUGGCGGUCAUUUGGGUUAGAGUUUUGUGAGUUUUCUAGGAGAGCUGGUUUAAGUGGUUCUGCAUGGAAAUUGCAUGUGAUGGUCGUGAUUCAUGAAUGAGCUAGGUGUUAGCUGGCUCGCAUUGUCUCGAUGUUCGUGAGCUGAUCAUCCCUUAUGCUUGAUAUCGAUUCGGGAUCAGAUCUCCUGAAACUUUUUAAAUAUUUGAAAUUCUCAAAUUGUCAAAAGGGAGUGUUACAAAUAACAUAAAUAGUAAAAAGUUGAACUGAAUUGGCUUUC